GUACGUACCAUGGAUGAGGGCCGCGAGGCAAAGAGGGCUCGUCAAGCAUGCCUCAACUGCAGAAGAAAGAAAACCCGCUGCUCAGGAGAGAAGCCUGUGUGCGCGUUCUGUGCUCGACUCAAGCAACCUUGCACUUGGAACGACGGAAGCACCUCGCCCAGUUCUUACGCGAAUGCCCCAACAGCAAGAGUGUCCUCCUCUGCAGAGGCAAAUCUCGCCGCUCGUGUGGCUCUGCUAGAGUCACGCCUCAAUUUCCUCGACGCCGAUAUUCCUUUCGACCUCUUCGCUCCCUUUACCACCACGAGCCCUGGCGUUCGAGAAGUACCGAGCAUUGGCAAUAGCAAUGGCACGGGUCAGCCAGACUCGGCCAACGGCAUCACCUCCACGGCGGCCCCACGCAACGACUUUGACUCUCUUCCCGACGACGAGACUUUGCACAGCCUGGUCGAUGUCUAUUUUGAUUACUGCCACAACCAACCCUACGCGUAUUUCCACGAGGCAGUGUUUCGUCAAGAUUUCGACGCUCAUGUAGUGCCCGAGUAUUUGUUGUAUGCUUUUGCGGCCACAGCCUGUCGGUUCUCUGACGAUGAAUUCUACCGGGACCGCCAAAAUGAAGCCAUCGAUGCCUACACAAGAACAUCCUGGAGCCAGAUCUCCGAGCAGUUCUUCUCUCACACGGACAGCCUCAAAGUCGCUAUGGUUCAAGCAUUAAGUAUGCUGUCCACGAUAGAUUUUGCUGCCGGCCGUACGAAGCUUGGCUGGGUCAAAUUGGCUCUUGCAGUGCGUUUCGCACAGGCGUUGAGGUUGAAUGAAGAACCUGACCCGCAACUUCCGGUCCAUGAACAAGAAGAACGUCGACGGACAUUCUGGUCUCUGUACCUUCUCGACGUGUUGAUGUCGGUCGGACCGAAUCGACCGCCUUCAUUCCUAGACGAAGACUGUACCCUCAGCCUUCCCUGUCAUGAGGACUCGUUCAGAGACGGCCUUACCGACUGUGUCAUUCCGACUCUGACCACCAUAAUCGACCAUGACAACUUUUCCAAUCUCCAGAAUCUUGAUUGGUUCCCUUGGACGAUCCUGAUGGCUUCUGCCCUUGGUCGAUUGAUUCGGUACAGCUUGAAACAUGCGCUCGUCGGUGGCCAUGUUCUUUGGGAUCCGCGAUCGAAAUACUAUGGCGUCCACAAAAUCCUACUACAAUUUGAGAGCCAUUCCCCAUGUACCUUUGGAAGCACAGGAUCGGUGCUGCGUCAGAACCUGGCUCUCGACGGAUCGCUAAGACAGUCAAGAGUCGGCCACCUCAUCUUCUCCCAUGCCCUGUUUCACGUCAACCAUUGCCUUCUGAAUCACCCAUUCAUCCUAUAUCGAUUCUUCCACACUUACACAGUACCUGUCCCACUAAGCUUUGCCCAGGAAGCCCUCCAAAGGUGUCACAACCAUGCUACAGGAUUGCUCAACCUGCUUCAAGAGGUAGCUUCAUUCGGACCCCUCGCACACCCAAGCUUUUACGGAUAUUGCGGAAUGGCUGCAGGUGUCAUCAGUCGACUCUUUGAGCACCACGAAGACGCUGGUACAUCCAAAACCUCCAAGGAAAAUUCUCAAGCUGCUCAACGUCUUAUGGAAGCCAAGCCGGUGAGAUGGGCCCAUGUUGGGCAUAUGGCAACGCUCCUACGAUCCUUUGUGCCCGACGACAACAUCGCCAAAGCGCUGGUGAACCCGGUCAAUUUAUCGAAGAAAACGUCCGUUCCUCACGGAAUGUUUCUCUGGCAUCUACUUGACUACGCAUGGCUUCCUCGAGCAAACUCCUCCGGUGCACCCUCGUCUUCUCUGGCGGACCUGCUUCCCAAGAUCGUACAGCAACCAUCCGAUCCGGCAUAUUAUACGAAUGCAACUACAGCAAGUCCUCCCGGUGUUCCUUGCGAUAGACAAGCCACGAUCCUCCCGAAUUAUGCUCAUGUACUGGGCGGAGAUAUGGGCGCAAUCUUGUCGCAAGCACUGGGCAACGACCCUCUGCCACGGCCAGACGAUCUCGGCGAACAGUCGAGUAUAUUCUGACGAGAUCCGCCAUGUAACCACAACGUCGUUCAUUCAGAGCUUGCUUGACCUUACAGACGCAAUCCUCUGCAACUCCUUUGUCUCCAAUUUGACUGCAAGAUCACUGAGAAUCUCAUCACUUCCUCCACCAACGACCAUAACGCGCACAUCACGGCUGAUCUGCUCGAUUCGGGCACCUUUGCCACCUCUCUGAUAGCCUGCACCGCCCAUGAUCUGUUGAGCUUCACGGUUGACACGCUCCAAUGCUCGGCCGGCACUAGUCUUCAGAGUGGCGAUCAUCCCACCGAUGUUGAGGUCGACCUGCUGAGCUUCUUCCACGCCGGAUCCUACCAUGACGGCACCUCCCUGGCGAAGCAGUGCUUUGCGUUUCCUUUCGUGCUCUACCAUGUACACCAGGGAUUCCAUAUACGCAUGGACGGGCUCGAUAUCGCGCGCAAACCCGGCAAUCUUGGCUGCUAUGACCUGAUUUGAGAUCAACGGCUUUCCAAACGUUUCCCGUUUGGUCGCGUGGCUGUAGGAGUCUUCGGCGCAGACUCGUGCCAUGCGCAGGGAUGUGCACGCGAGCCACAG